ACCGGAAGUCGUCAUAACUGUCCACCUUAGAGAAAAGUUUCAUGUCGCCGCGGAGAGCUAACGGAUGAAUCGGUGCAACCGGCUCUUAAAUAUCUCCAAUAUCGCUUUAAAAUGCAUUCUUAUUUUUUUAACGGGGUCAAGUUGUGUAAGAAUUUAACCUUUUAGCGUUGUUAUUUGGCGGCGUCACAGCUGACAAGCGCGAAGAAGAAGAAGAAGAAGUCACCGAGCAUUGUUAGCAUUGUUAGCUACUAGCAUCUUUGUUUACAUAAAUUAACGCGCUUGUUUGUUUUGUUUUGAAUUGAUUCCCUGUUUUAAAUGGAUGAGCACAAGGAGAAUAUUCAAACCAAGGACGUCAAUGUGAAGAUGUCUGAUCCGGAGAAGAAGAAAAGGUUUACGAAGCCUUGCAGCAGGGUCAUCCCUGACGAAGAAUCUGCUCCCGAGGUGUCCUCGCCUCAGUCCAACAGUGACUUCAGUCAUCCCGUGUACAAAGAGAUCGCUCUGGCUAAUGCAAUCAACCGCAUGUCACGGGAUGAGUUAAAGAAAAAGUUAGCAGAUCUGCAGCUCGACACCAGAGGUGUGAAGGACGUGAUGAAGAAGAGGUUGAAGAGCCACUACAAGAAGCACAAGCUGAUGCAGUCUGCAGGAGAGGGGGGGCCCACCGACACCUACUACGACUACAUCUGCGUGGUGGACUUUGAGGCAACGUGUGAAGAGGAUAACCCCGCAGACUUCCAUCAUGAAAUCAUCGAGUUCCCCAUGGUUCUCAUCAACACGCACACGCUAGAAAUAGUGGACUCUUUUCAGGAAUAUGUCAGACCAGAGUUGAACCCACAGCUUUCAGACUUCUGUGUGAAGUUAACAGGAAUCACACAGAAAAUGGUGGAUGAAGCCGACACGUUUCCAGGUGUCUUGCAGCGGGUCGUCGACUGGCUGAAGGAGAGAGAGCUCGGGACAAAGUACAAAUACGCCAUUCUUACUGACGGUGCCUGGGACAUGAGCAAGUUCCUCAACAUCCAGUGUCAGAUCAGCCGCCUCAAAUAUCCCAGCUUUGCAAAGAAAUGGAUAAACAUCAGAAAGUUAUACGGAAACUUCUACAAGGUUCCUCGCGCACAGACAAAGCUGAGCACCAUGUUGGAGAAGUUGGGUCUGAAGUACGAAGGCCGUCCUCACUCCGGCCUCGACGAUUCACGCAACAUAGCCCGGAUAGCUCUGCGCAUGCUGCAGGACGGCUGCCAGCUGCGCGUCAACGAACGCAUCCACGCCGGGCAGCUGCUCUCCGUCCCCAGCUCCGCUCCUGUAGAGGGCGCUCCUCCCCCACACGGCCCCAAGAGCAAAGAUUAGAAACAAACUUGAGGCUCCUGCUUACAGAAAAAAAAAAAACCCACAUCCGUACCCGCUCUUUACCCAAGUGAACUUCAGGAGAAAAUAGAAGUUGCACAUUUUUUGUUCCAGAAUUUAAAGCUGAAGUUGGUGGAGGGUGUUGAAGUCGGACUAAACGGGGUCUGCACGAGGAUUUAAGAUGCAUUAUACAUUUACAGCAGUGUUUUUGUGGGAGGACUUUUCCUUCCACAGCGUCGGUGUUAUCCUCUUUAACCCCACUUUAUCAAACUGCCAUUAUCCAUCAGAUGACGGGAUUAAAAAGCCUUUCCGUUGUCACAGGAUGGUCUGAAUUUUUCUUUUUUUUCAGGUUUUGUUUCCUUAAAGACAAUUUAAAAAAAAAGAAAACCCUAAUUUUGUUGAUUCUUAACAAAUUCUUGCUUUGGUUUACACGUCUCCUCAUUUGUCCGACCUUUGUGCGCGCAUUAAAGACAGAACUCUCCAUGUAGAUUCUGCUCAUGUCGUGUUUCAACAGUUUCAGGGAGAGAAGUCUGUUUUAAAACCAUCUUUAAACGAGUCUGUUACGUCACGGUUAGGUUGACGAGUUCCGCCUGUGUUGUGUCCUCCUUUGUAUGAAUGUUGAAUAAUUUUCAUUUCAUGGACGACGUUCUUAUUUUAACAGGAACAAAUCUUCUGAAUGCCAAACUGAAAAAUAAAAUCUGUUUCUCUGUUCUUGUCGACAGAAAGUGA